AUGAGCUCAUUAGGUACGAUUCGUCAGCGAUCAGCAGAACGUCUGCGUCUCGUCGAACCUCUCAGUAUUACCGAUGAAUUCGGCACGUGGUCUUAUGAUAAUUUUCGAGGUCUCUUCGAAAUUGAACUCCGCUCUCAUCUUCAAAAGUCUUUUCCAUCCUGUUGGACUCUGGCAAACGAUGCUCAUAUCCACUGUCAAUUUGUUUUUAGUGGUACUCGACAAGCUAGUGAUAUUGGAACAAUAUUCAUUUUUGAACGUCCACGUACGAGUUCUCUCGAACUGUUUAUUGAAGAUGUCUGUGCCAAAGAAGACAAUAUGAAAGCUAAACAAUGGCUCGAGGCACUGCAUGCCGAAGACAUUCUUUCAUUUACUCAUCUAUCCAAUUUAAAACAAACUGAAUGGGACAAUAUCAAAAGAUUAUCAAUGAAUGCAAAGAGAAUAUUGAAGGCAGCAGUUGACCGAGAACGAGAAAGUGCUGCUGACGAUCGACGACGUGCCUUUGAGGAAAGUUCACCGAAUGAAGAAAUUUCCAGAUCAGCAAGUACUUCGGUCAAUAGAGUUGAUAUAUAUGUUACACUUUCAUUUUUAGAUAAUGUACCUAAAGAAUCUCGCUCCGAACUUCUUGCUAAUCUUCAUUUGAUCAAACUCUUUAUCUAUCACACACUUCGUUUUGAGCGAGCACUUCAAAACUACGGCGCUCUAUCAAAACUAGAGCCAGCUUGCAUUGAUGCAUCAUUCACUGAGAUGAGAGAUGAGGGAUAUGCAGAUGAUGGGCUCUUUUCAACAAUGGGCGAGUUCUUUUUGCCCCUGACAAUAUCUGAAGAAGAAUUGAAGAUGACAAGAUCUAAUGCUAGUAAUCAAACGCGACAAAACCAACUACAAGAUCUAAUCAAAGAAGUCCAACGCUUGGAAAAAUUGUCGAACGAAGCGACAAUGCAUCGAUGGGAUGUCGAUGAAAAGAUUACAGAUUUGAAUCGAAUAAUGGAGCGAGCAUAUAUAGUAUACAUAAAUGAUCGAUUAGGAGUGAAUGAAGCGACAACAUCACGUGAACAUGCAAAAGAGUUGCAACAAAUUGAUCAACAAUGGGAAUACAAUCGAACAGAACUCGAAAAACAAUUACUUCCAUUGAAAAGAGAAUUGGAUCAAUGGAUAAAUCGUAUAGCCGACUAUGAAAAGCAAAUAGAUGAAUAUGAAACCCAGAUCAACAAUAUUCAAACUGAAUUGAGUCAACCACAAUGCCCAGUUGACAAAGGACUUGUGAAACCUGCAAGAGGGUUCAUUAUGUAUGGUCCUCCUGGUACUGGCAAAUCGGAAAUUAUGAGUAAACUAAGCGCAAAGAUCGGUAUUGUAAUGGUCGCAAUUCCUUUAGCUGCUGGUGAACUCAAUCGUCCUUUGGUCGGUGAAUCAGAAAGAGUCAUCAUUGCACUUGCUUCCCGAUGCCAUCGUGUACCUUAUGCUAUGUGCUGUUUGUCGAUUGAUGAAAUCGAUUCCCUUGCACCGAAACGUGAUGAAGAUUCAAGUGAAGGAAAAGUAGACAAGAUCAGCGUUCUUCUUUCAUUGAUCGAUGGUAUUAAAGAUGUUCCCAAUCUCAUGAUUUUCUGUGCUACAAAUCGUUUGCACAUGAUGGAUGAAGCUUUUCUGCGACGCAUGUCUGGAAAAUUCUUUGUUGGUCGACCAUCAUCUCAAGCACGUACAAAAAUCUUAGCUCAAAUACCAGAAUGGGCUCUUGAAUCAGGUCUCAUCGAUCGGCUAGCUAUUGCUACAACUAAUUUUAGUGGUGCAGCAUGUAAAGCAUUUACUCGAGCCAUUACUGUUCGUUGCAUGGCUGCUCAACGAACACAACCAAAGUUUCAUGUCAACUAUCGAGAAGCAUUGAAAAUUGCCGAUCGUACUGCACAACAAUAUCAAAUCUUCCUCGGUAGUGAAACCUUACCUCGAUUACUUCUGCGUAAUUUGAUGAGUGGAUCAAAGAUUCGUGUAAAUCACUUAUCACGACACAUGUAUGCAGGACGAAUUAUUGUCGAUCUAUAUGGCCGCAGUGUACGUAUUGAAAUUAUUAAGAGUGGUGGUGGUUUUACUGUGAUUGAAAAUGAACUUUUUCCGAAUGAGACAAGUGUACAGAAUCUACUUGAACGAUUGACUGUGUACGGGAAAGAUCGAAAUGUACAACUUCUUCAACUAAUUGAUCUCAAUCUGCUCGCUUCACAAGGAGCGUAUGAUGAGAAAAAAGUGUUUGAAACAUUGAAAGAACGCUAUGACGAAUGCGUAGCCUAUACUCGUUCGAUGAUCAUUUACGAUCUUGAUUCUCUUGUUGGUGUUAAUAAAUCCGAAUCAGAUUCAUCUAUGGGACGAUCCAUGAGUUCAUCUGUUGUCAAUCAAAGUGUGUAUACAUAUGUUCGGGCAAGAUUUCGCGAAGCCAUUGUUGAACAACAACAAGAAACAGAUGAUGAAUCACAACAAAUGGUAGAGAAAUGGGCAGUUGCUGUUAUUCGAGAACCUUUUCUCUUGAGGCAGUUUUCUUCCGAUGUUCAAUUUGCACGAACACGACAAGAAGAAGAAGAGCACGAGUUGGAACGACGCAAAGCAGAAGAUCUUCUCAAAUGUGUUAAAUGCAAAGAUCUUUACAUAGAAAAUGAAAAUAAAAUGGGUAACUGUGUUCAUCAUGAUGGAUUCAUAUAUGAUAAUUCAGCACCUGAUCUUGCCAUAUAUACACAAAAUGAAGUAGCAUAUACGUUAACCAAACUUGAAUGUGAUGCCAUCAAUUAUCCAGAAAGACGUGAAGAAUUUGAACGGCAAAAAAGUAAAUUCAAAUGGAUAUGUUGCGACACAACAGUAACAACAGGUUCUGGCGCAGGUGGAUGCAAAAAAGGCAAACAUGGAUUUGGCGAGCAAAUUGAAGAGGGACAGCGACGAGAUGGACGUCGCCUUGAUCAAAAAAUGAUCAAACGGUGGGAAGACGAAUGCCGAUGUAAUCAAGAAUACAAUGAAAAAUGGUUGCUUUUGUUGGAGAAUCGAGGAUAA